AGCAAAAGUCAGCCGGUUGUAUGACUCAAACACAACAGCUUUGCGCUUCGGACCCGUGUCCCUAAAGUUGUCCUUAUCGCACGCUUAUCUCUUUGUGUAAUUGCUGUCUUGAGAGUAAUAAGAGUGUAGACGUGUGCUUUUUGUGUAUUUCAACUUGUGGAAUAGCAAUAUCCCACCGUGUGCGGGAAGUGCGCAGCGUUCAAGGUUCAGGAAGAUAAGGAGAGAGGUGCACGGCUGACGCGUAGCUCGUGUUAUGUUACCCAAAGGCUCGUAUCAGAUUACUGCUGGCAGCAGGUAGGGUGAAACCAGAGCCGCAUUUAGAUCGCCGUGCCUCCACCAAGCAGGAACCGGGACUGGAAAAGGCGUGUUAAAGAAGCUAAAGAGCCUAGCCGAGCGCUUCCUUUUGUUUUGAACUGCAAGAAGAGCGUUACCAUGGCCGAGAAGACACAACGCAGCCUGUUGCUUCUGCUGUGUUUGUCUGGACUCGUUCACUGUUCGGCCGCUCUGGUUUUUUGGACCGCUGUGGUGGAAAUCAACUAUUUCAUCAGCCCCAACAAGACCGUGGACAAAGACUGCGAGUGUGGAAUUUUCGGCCGCAACUCUCCGCUUGCACAAGCCGCAGGUGUCGUCGUUAUUCCCAGGGGGGACCCCAAAGGCUGCGGCCCGGAUCCUGUGUACAACGUCAGCGGCUCGACCUGGAUAGCGCUCGUCAAAAGGGGAAACUGUACGUUCAGUCAGAAGAUCAACGCCGCCAAACGUCAAGGAGCGUCGGCCGUGGUGGUGUACAACGUGGACGGCAGCGGCAACAGCACCGCGAACAUGGCGCACUCGGACGCUCUGGAAAUCGCCAUCAUGAUCGGUAACAUUCAAGGCGUGGAGAUCGCCAGCUUGGUGCGCAACGGAACGGAAGUGCGGAUGAUGAUCGACGUCGGCAGCCCCCACGGCCCCUGGAUGGACACUUACUGGCUUUACUUCAUGUCCAUCGCCUUCUUCAUCGUGACGGCUGCCUCGGUGGCCUACUUCUUGUUUAUCUCGGCCAGCCGCCUCUACAACAUGCGCAUGCACCGGCGAGCUGAGAGGAGGCUGAAAUCCGAGGCCAAGAAGGCCAUCGGGCGCCUGCGAGUGCGCAAGCUGAAGCAAGACGACGAAGAGACGGCGAGCGAAUCUCACAUGUGUGCCGUGUGCAUCGAGUCGUACAAGGCGGGCGAGGUGGUGACCGUGCUCACGUGUGACCACAUUUUCCAUAAAGCCUGCAUCGAACCGUGGCUGCUGGAGAAAAGGACCUGCCCCAUGUGCAAAUGUGACAUCCUCAAGGCUCUGGGAGUGGAGGCGGACGAAAAGGACAGCAUGUCUCAAACGUCGCCACAAGAGGUCACCGUCAUCACAGUGGCGGGUGGGGAAGCCAUGUAUGAGGUCCCGCUCACCGACCCGCUGAACUUUGACCCCGAGAGACAGCAGCAUCACUACGACAACGGGGCCUUUGAGGGCGAAGCUGCUCGAGGACAGUGACGUCACCACGACAAAGAGAAAAUUCCGUCAAAUUAUCAGGUUAAAAAUCAAUAUGCUUUGUUUCUUGGACCCAAUGAAUGCACCUCUUCAUUGGAAUACAGUGAACCUCCCUGCAAAUCUGCGAAUAUAAGUGAUUCCUCACUCCCAAAAAGGUUUGUAAAUGUCUAUGGCUGCCACAAGAUGGUGGCAAAGCACUGUUGAUGUCCAAAUGAAACUCCUCAGACAUCAACAACAUCAAUCAACAUACUGUUCCUGCUUUGGCCUGAGCACCUUUUCAUGGAGUAAAAACAGGCACAUUUGCAAAUAUGCAGGGCUUCACUGUAACCUCACAGGACGCUGGCUAAAUAGAUUCACCUAAUAAUGCUGCUGCACCUUGUGUAAUUAGCUCAGAUGCCAAUUCAGGGUGCGCUCAUCGAGUCAUCAUUCAGCACAAUGAGAAGGUCGAGUCAUGUCGAGGCAAGGAGCGCGGGUUCUGUUUCGCUUUGCUCACAUCACAAGCGAGUCACCACUGUCAAAGGAAGUACGACAGAAAAUCGGGCUCCCUCUGCUUCCAAAUGUCACCUUUUCAAGAAUAGGAACAAGAAAUGUGUGCCAUAUUUCUUGUUCUUAUCGGGUUAUGUGCUUUUAACACAUCGGGUUGUGGAGCUGGAUUUGCCACCGCAAGCCGGCGAACACACCCUUGGCUGGAAAUGCAGCCUGACACAUUGCACCAUGUUGAGUGGAGAACAUCACCCCAGGGGCUUCGUUCUGGGUCUCCUUACGAACACGAACCACAGAUACGUGUACAUGUUAGCGCAUAUCAACUGCUUUCUUUGUUGAUUCUGUUCAGCUUGUAUUUAGAAGUGGACGGUCCCACUGUAAUAAACGCAAGCAAUAAAUGUCCAAAGUGGAGAUGACGUCUGCGAUAAUGGUGAUUGUGUAUUUGUUUGUUGGGGGAGGAGAAGGGGGGGGGGGGUUAUCUUUUAAGUGUACUUCUUAUAAAAUAACAGCGCACACACUGAGAUUUGUUAUCAUCUUGUGUAUAUUCCUGUCGGUUUGUGAAUAUACACAAGCGCACGUUACAAUUAAAUGAAUCCCUGACUGUAUCUUUCAACAAUUUCUAAUCUGGCUAUUUUUUGGGAUAGGCUCAAGAUACAUGAGAUUAAGUGAGACGGAAAUAAAGUUGAUAUCAGUUUGUCGUUGGGCCUGUGUCGUUAUGAUAGUGCUCUCUCCAUAUUUUUGUAUUCUGAAUCAUUUUGUUACGGAUUUUAGGAGUCUUAAAUCAUUCUGUAACAAUGACUAUCAUUUGUUGUAUGAAAUCACAUUGAUGCGUAUCGGAAUGCAAUAAAUCCCUCAAAAUGAGGCUGAUUAA